UCAACGCAAACAGCGCGUUAUUUUUUUCAACCACGGACGCCUUGGUAAAUCGAAACAAACAUGGCGGCACUGACUGUUCAAUCUUCAGGCUACUUUCCAGAAUACAAUACAGAAAAUCCAUCAAUUCCAGUAAUACAUAACGUCGUCAGUAAUGAAGAUCUUCAAACGUUUACCGAAGAAAAUCGGGGAUAUCCAAAAAUUCAUAAAAAAGAAGUCAACACAGGGAAAGUUUUGAAACUGCUAACAGAUAAACAUUCAAAACCUUUAAUAGAAAGGCACUGUCGUGCAGUCAUGAAUCUAUCAUCAUUUUAUAAAGAUGGUGUACAUUUAAACGAUGUGAUUAUACUGAUGCAGAUUAUAAAGAAGUGUCAUGAAUAUAUUGCUCUUGAUGAUAGAUAUGAAGAGUUAGUUUGUUUGCUUGUAUCAACUAUGAGAAAACCUUUCUUGAAGUCAAAAUCAUCUGAUGAAGAGCAAUAUAUGCAUGAAUUACCAGAACACCUCACAACGUUGGGACAAAUUGGUGAGGAAUCGCCUGUGAAGAUUAAAAUUGUAAUUGGCAAAGCAGUAUCAGAUUUGUAUACAUCAAAAUCUAAAAAUUGUCGAGAUAAUGAUUUAAAGCCAGUGUCACAAACGUUUGUUAAAACUACUAUUGAAAGAAGUCGAAUUUGCAAAUCAAUUGCAGAGUACCUUGGUCAAAUACCUGACAACGAUUACGAUUCCCGAUACAUCUUAUUAAAAUCUUUAAACAAACUUUCAAAUUCAGAUUUAAACUGUGAUGACAUUUUAAAAACAGAUGCUGUAUUCUGUAUCUGUAAACAUUUAGAAACAGAUGUCAGGUCUUAUAAGCUAUUAUUUGUUGCUGUGGAAACGUUAUGGAAUUUGUUACAAAACGGUGAUCCAAAUGAAUUUUCUGGCCAGCUUAGCUGUAAUGCAUGCUUAAGUUCUUUGCAUGCCACUUUCACAUAUCAGAUGAGCCACUGCUGCAGUCUUACUGAUCGACAGUUACGCAAUGAUAUUCUCAUCAUCAUCUCCUUAGUCGCUUCGAAAUGCACAAAGUCAGCCAUCGUUGAAAGUGGUCUAGUAAAAACAUUGUCAUUAUUCUGUACUUCUCCGGAACUUCCCACAAGAAACGAGACGGUAGAGAACAUGAAAAUUCAAUCCUCUCCAGAGGAUUUUGAGUUAAAGAAAUUACUAUUAAACCUCUUAGUGAUGCUAAGUGAUGAUAGUGAAUCUUUGCAAAUCAUGUCGAAAUGUUAUGUGUUGCAUGCUUUAUUUACAUAUGUGCAACCUAUCACACAAUCAACAAAUACGUUAUGGAGUGCAGCACAGUUUGAAGAGAUACAAUUGCAAGCAAUGUCUGUCUUGGCUGUUCUUGCACCUCUUUUGGUAAAUCAAUACAUGGAAUGUCAAGGCAAUGCAAGAUUGUUGAACCUACUUGAUUGGUGUGUUGGUCCAGAUGACUAUGGUGGUCAUGGUAACAGUUUCUAUGGUACGGGUGGACGGGGCAGCAAGCGAGCUCAAAUGAGAUACUGUAUACGACUGAUCAGAAGCAUGUGCUCCACAGGAGAUGAGGAAGUUCUCCAAGAUUUAACGGAUCAAGGCCUGAUCGCGCAGUUGAUAGCUAUACUGGAUUCAUGUAGUCAUAGCACUGACAGCAAUGAUGCAGUGGAUAUUGAGUUGCAAUGUGAUAUGAUGUUGAUUCUGGCUUUAUUGUGUGAUGAAGAUGUCCACAGAAAAGAAUUGUUUGGUGAAUCUGGCGUUGGUGUUUUGUUGCAGUAUAUGAGAGGAUAUCUGAUUGUGAAUGGUCCAUUAAAUCAACAAAAACUUGUGCUCUAUGCAACAGAUUGCAUUUGGUCGUCAGUGAUUGGUUGUUUUAUGAACGAAAUAACAUUUCUUGAAAAGGAAGGUGCAUUCUUAUUGCUCGACUUGUUGCAGGAAUGUCCAGAAAACAUGCAAAAUGUUGUGCUUGGGACCAUAUUAGACUUGACAGAGAAUACAAAUUGUUUACCACAUAUAAUGUUAUGGCGUGGCAAAAAGGAGAAAACUGUGGGAAAGUUACUAGUUGAUUUGUGGAAAGAAGAAGAGAAGAAGUUUGGAGUGAGAAGAGAUGCCUAUGGUGUUAUUACGGAUACGAGUUGUCCACUUAUGACAGCCAGCCAGGAGUCACAUGGUAUUGUGUCGUUACCAGUUUCUUUUGCCAGUCCAGCAAUUGUGGAAGUAGCUGAUAAUCUAAGGGCUAAGAUAUACAGUAUAUUUUGCAAACUUGGCUUCAACAACUUACCUGGCCUGGUUUCAGCGGACUAUGUGGUACUGUCUGUAAUUGAAAAAUAUUUGGAUUUUAAGACAAUGGAAGUAUGGCAAGAAAUAAGGUCGGAGCUAAUGCUGGAAAAUAUAGAGCCAGUAUCACCGGAUAAAGAAUGCAUGGACAGAAUCAUCUUUACAUUUGAGGAGAAAGCUGCAGCUGUAGCUAAUGUUCAGAAGUCUCUUAUUGAAAAUGAUAUUGAAGAACAGUUGGUUGAUGAACGGGAAUUUUACAGCAAGAUCAAAGAAAGCCACACUCAAGAAGAGAAAACAUACCAAGAUUUUGUCAAUUUCGUUGACCGUACCUCGGACUACUCCAUCUUACAGGCCGUGCGCAAAGAACAACUAAAAUCCAUUGACAGAUCAAGAUUGCUAUCUCGUACCCAGUAUCGCCAAAGAAAGAGCACAACGUCACACGAAACAAUGGAAAGAAAGUUACAAAUUACAACGUUUUGUGGACGAAACGUGCUUGUUAAAAGUACUAAGAUUCAUCACCCGGUCAAUUCGUCAACAAAAAAACUUUUUCUUCAAAACGGGCAAAUAGUUGCAACUUUGGCAAAUUGAAGCAAGUGAAAUUUGUAUAUAAUUAAGAUGUAAUAUAUAGAAUAAUUUAAAGGGUUUUUAAAUUUGUUGAUUAAAAAGAACUUCUAAAUCUA